AUGGCCCAAGACUCGUUCCUCCACCUCGCCCGCCCUCUGGGUCCCGUCCAGAUCGGCACCCAGCCCUCGACCGCUCCUCUGAACGUCAGCGUCCAGCCCCAGGCCAUUUUCGCAAUCCUCGACCACUCGCUCCGCAGACCCCAGGACCAGGAGCGCGUUAUCGGCACUCUUCUCGGUGUCCGCUCUGAGGAUGGCACAGAAGUCGAGAUCCGCAACUGCUACGCCGUUCCCCACACCGAGACCCAGGAGCAGGUCGAGGUUGACAUGGACUACCAGAAGCAGAUGCUGCAGCUGCACCUUCGCGCAAACCCCAAGGAGGUCCUCCUCGGCUGGUACGCCACCUCUUCCGACCUCAACACCUUCUCCGCCCUCAUCCAGAACUUCUACGGCCAGCAAGGCGACGGCACCUGGCCCCACCCCGCCAUCCACUUGACCGUCUCUACCGUGCCCGGAAAGGACAUUGAGGCCAAGACAUACAUUUCCGCCCCCGUCGGUGUCACCGCAGAGCGCGCCGCUGACAGCUGCCUGUUCAUUCCUGUUCCCCACGAGAUCAAGUAUGGCGAGGCUGAGCGCAGCGGUCUCGAGCUGGUUGCCGGAGCAAAGGACAGAGAGGACCGUUCGCAGAUGCUGCAGACCGACAUUGAGUCGCUGGAGCGCGCCAUCGAGCAGGUUCUCGAGAUGAUUGAGCGUGUUUCCAACUACGUCAGCAAUGUUCUGGACGAGGAGGCCGAGCCCAGCUCUGCUCUGGGUCAAUUCCUUAUGAACACUCUCAACAACCACAUCCAAGAUGUCCUUCUUGUUUCCUACCUCGCCAACACCAUCCGCACCCAAAUCGACCUGUCAAACCGCCUCGCAACCGCUGCUCUCACCAUGGGCACCGAGGCCAGCACCACUCAAGAGUCCGGCCAGAAGGGCAACAACCAGAACCAAAAACGCGGCAACAACAACAACAACAACCAAGACCGCCGCCAACAGAACCGCCCCACCACCGAGGCCUAA